AUUCCCCUGAAGAGCAGCUGGAGAGCAGUCCUCCAGCCUGUCUGUGCUAAGCAGAGGACAGCCAGGAACCUUCCAGGCUUUAGCCUAGAACCACCCCCAAGGCCUGGAGGCACACUGGCACUAGAACUGAUUUUCCAGAGGCAGCAUGGACAUCAAGGAGUAUUUUGCCAGAAUUUCUUACCAGGGCUCCCACAAUAAGCCGGACCUGGCUACCAUGUCAGAUAUAUUCCAGCACCACAUCCGAGCUGUGCCUUUUGAAAACCUCAGCAUCCACUGUGGAGAAAGAAUUGAGCUGGACCUGGAAGCAACCUACAACAAGAUAGUGAGGAAGAAACGUGGGGGCUGGUGCAUGGAAAACAACAACCUGCUGUCAUGGGUCCUGAAAACUCUUGGCUACAACGUCACCCUUCUGGGAGCAAAAGUUUAUGUCCCAGAGUUUGAUGCCUAUCCAGAAGAAACUGAUCAUCUGCUGCUACGAGUGGAGCUUGAUGGCAAAUCCUACAUUGUGGAUGGGGGAUUUGGGAUGGCCUACCAGCUGUGGCAGCCAAUGGAGCUGAUUUCAGGGACAGAUCAGCCUCAAACUCCUGGGGUCUUUCGUUUUCAGGAGGAGAAUGGGACCUGGUACCUGGAGAAAGUGAAAAGGAAGCAAUGGGUCUUGAACCCAAGCACCUCGACUUCCCCAAAUGUGGAAAAUGAAGUUUGCCGUCGGAUUUAUCUCUUUACCCUUCAGCCACGAGACAUUGAGGAGUUCAGGGGCUGCAAUUCCCACCUGCAGACAGCACCUGACUCUCUCUUUGUGACAAAGUCCAUCUGCAGCCUGCAGACUGCUGAUGGCAUCCGGGCACUGGUGGGGUGGAAACUCACAGAGAUAAAAUACAAUUAUAAGGACAAUAUGGAUCUUGUGGAAAUCAGAAUCCUUGCAGAUGAAGAAAUAGAGAAAACACUAAAGGAGAAAUUCAAUGUAACACUAGACAAGAAAUUUGUACCUGUCAAUACGAGCAGGUUAUCUCUGUUCUAACUCACUGCCUGGAUUACAAUUCAAUUCAGUGGCAUUACAGGCAAUUCUUCCCUCUCUUUCUGACAAGCAUCCAAAGGUUAAUCUUUCUCCUUCCGACUACACCAGUGUAAGGCAGAACAUACUAGCAAGAAUCGGGAAAACAAAUAGAUUUUCACAACUAUUCCUGCAUUUCUUUUUAGGUUGGGUACAAAUAAUGCCUGCCAAAUUCAAUCAAAUCAUUACCCUUCUGUUUUGUGCUUAGCAGGAAGCAGACUCAGCCCAUUCCUUACUCCUUUCAUCUCUUAAAAGCUUUUCUGAACACAACCAGUGUAGCUGGGCAGAAUGAUGGAGCUGUAUGUCUUGGUCUUUAUUACCUGGUGCUGCCACCUUGGGAAAAUGAUACCUGCCUCUUAAAUGAAUACUAUAUUAUUUUGGGAGUGUAAUAGCCAAAACCACAAAGACAUCCUGUGCUGAGUUCCUCCAGUCAAGCCAUAAGCCUGUUCUCUUUGCUCUCACAUCCCCAACAGCCUCUCACAUGGCACUCAGGCCAUCCCACACCUGUGCAAAGUCACCAUGUGGCCACUUGAGGACAGGUUAUUUAUGACUCAGAACUGAGGACAAGAAAUGUUAUUGACAAUUCUGUGUUGUUUCAGACUUUGCACAGCUCCUGUUCUCUCAGUGACAUAACCAAAGAGCAGCAUUUCUUUGAACUGAAAGCAUCUCCUGAGCAUUUUGUUUGCUUCCACUCCGCAGCAGACUGCUGGGAAUACAUGUUCCUCUCCUCAGACUCUACUCUGGGUGUUAUUGCACGUUAAUUAUUACAGCAGAACCCAAACACAUGCACAGAAUUCUUUUUGUGAAACAUAUCUGUUCUACUGAGGAUGUGUUUGCAGUGAUACUAAUUAUAUUGAUAUAAGGGGAAAUGAUGAAUCUUAAUCACAUACCUAAGGGCUAAGAUUUCUAGUAGCAGAAACGACUCAAAUGUGACCCCUUUGCCCUUUGAGAACAUGCUUGAUGUUCCUUUAUGUACAAAUCUUGGAAGCAUUACAACUACGCACUUAUAAUUAAGCAAAUUAAUGAAUUACAAUUAAAUAAAAAAAAUCAAGCACUGUGAACUGGAAUUAUUCCGAUUUUCCCCCCAUGUAUCCCCAUAGUA